CCCACCAAGGCCACAGAAGCAGAAAAGACAAAACAACAAGAGAACAACAACGUCAGGGAUUUGAACUUGUAUCUUUUUAUUUCCCAUCCUUGGAUCUCUAUCUGACAACAAAAAUGAAGAUCUUCUGCCAAAAAACUCCAAACCCUUCUCUUAUCCAUUGCUGAUUGCUCCCUUUGAUCCCUCUCAUCUCGGACCAGACUCUGUCAAAUACAAACUCCAUGUCCUCUUUUUACAGCUAAGCUUUGUUUCUUUGAAUAUGACAUGCAUGAAAGGACCAAACGUACUCUACCAGAUUCAAGGUACAUACCUCCAGCAUACCUCCAUGUUCCUUUCAACUCACUUGAUAACUAUUGCCUUCUUGUCUCAAUAUCUUACUUCUCAGUUACUUUAGCCCAUACCCAUUUGGUCUUUAUUUCUCUGUUGUACUGUCUGUCUCGAACGGCUAUAUAAUUUCAGCAAUUCUCGUUCUGAGAUUGGACCAUAAGCAGAAACUGGAUUUGUGAUUUGGGUUUUCCUUCUUAUGAACAUAUAUACCUAUCGUUAGGGAUAUUAUAGAACUUGGAUAAACAUAAAUAUAAAUUUAAGUGACAUAUAUUUUGAAAAUGGUUAAGCUUUGCUGGAGACCUCGCGUUGAUGAUGAUGCCACUGGAAAGGUUGAUGGAUUAUUGUGGUAUAAGGAUUUAGGUAACCAUCUUUAUGGAGAGUUUUCAAUGGCUGUAAUUCAGGCCAACAAUUUGCUAGAGGAUCAAAGCCAACUUGAAUCUGGACCCUUGAGCUAUGCAAAUUCAGGUCCUCAGGGGACUUUUAUUGGUGUAUAUGAUGGUCAUGCAGGAACUGAGGCUUCAAGAUUUAUCUGUCACAAUCUUUUCUCCAACUUUAAAGCAAUUGUGUCUGAGCAUCAAGAAAUAUCCGAAAAUGUUAUAAAGAAGGCAUUUUCAGCAACAGAAGAGGAUUUUCUUGCUCUAGUGAAAAAGCAGUGGCACAGUAAGCCGCAAAUGGCAUCAGUGGGAUCUUGCUGUUUAACGGGGGUUAUAUGCAAUGGAUUAUUGUACAUAGCGAAUGCUGGAGACUCUCGGGUAGUCUUAGGCAGAGUAGAAAGAGGAAACCGAGGAGUUACAGCCGUACAAUUAUCUGCUGAACACAAUGCAAAUAUAGAACAUGUAAGAAACGAACUUCAAACUUUACAUCCUGAUGAUUCUCAGAUUGUUGUCCUGAAGCACAGAGCAUGGCGUGUCAAAGGCAUUAUCCAGGUUUCAAGAUCGAUUGGUGAUGCUUACCUUAAAAAGGCAGAGUUCAACAAAGAGCCUUUACAGUCCAAGUAUAGAUUGGCUGAACCAUUCCAUAAGCCAAUCCUCAGUUCAGAGCCAUCAACUAUAGUGCGUAAACUGCAACCACAAGAUAAGUUCCUCAUAUUUGCUUCCGAUGGCCUAUGGGAGCAUCUUAGCAAUCAGCAGGCUGUGGAAAUUGUGCAAAAUCUCCCUCGCAACGGAAUUGCCAAGAGACUUGUUAAUGCUGCACUCAAGGAAGCAGCCAGAAAAAGAGAAAUGAGGUAUACUGAUUUGAAAAAAAUUGAUAGAGGCGUGAGGAGACAUUUUCAUGAUGAGAUCACAGUUGUGGUUGUGUACAUUGACUCUCACAUGAUUAAUACAAACUCCUUCAAUGCUUAUCCAUUUUCAAUUCGAGGAGGAAUUGCUCCUGCGUCAGCUACCUCAUAGUUUGGAAGAUUCAGCGCUAGUUUGUUGUUAGAACAUAGUAAUUACUUCUUAAUUCAGUUAGAACAUGUGUUAAUUUUCCUGAGACCCCAAAAAGGGAGGAAUCUUAACGAAGAUUUUCAUUUUAGCUUUACAUUUGGAAUGCCAAGAAUGGCUCUGCAAAAACUGAAUAUGGAAUCAGUCUCGAACCGUCCAUGUAUAGAUGUGAAUCUCUCUUUCUUCAUGUUAUGGAUUUUAUGUUAGGAACCAUUAGCUAAUUGCUCGCCGUCUUAAUGAAUAGCCACAUUAUACCA